AUGACAUUGUCCGCUGGAACGUACUUGAGCGAGAAGUUUCUUGAACACGAUGAUGACGAAGAAGCCUGCACAAAUUUGAACUUGAAGCUGCAAGAAUACAUCCGAGCAAUGAGUAAUCUCUGCAGUAAACAUGAAGCUGCUCAACUGAUGUGUAAAUCCCUCACCAACAUGUUCAAGGCCCACAUACUAUACUUGCAAAUCUAA